AUGGCCAGGGGCUUAUCAUAUGCAGGGCGAUUGCAACUUAUCAGGGCAGUCUUGUUUGGAGUGCAAGUCUACUGGGCACAAUUGUUUUUGCUACCUCAGAAAGUUAUUAAACUGAUAGAAGCUGCUUGUAGGAGCUACUUGUGGUCUGGGGAAGCAGUCAUUACCAAAAGGGCACUAAUAGCUUGGGAUAAGGUGUGUCUUCCCAAGGGGGCAGGUGAACUGAAUGUCGUAAAGCUCAAAGUGUGGAAUCAAACAGCUAUUUGCAAAUUACUAUGGGCUUUAAGUCAAAACAAAGAGAAGUUAUGGAUCACUUGGAUCCACACCUACUAUAUCAAGAAGCUAAAGAUAGAAGACAUGGAAAUUCCUUCCCAAGCAUCUUGGAUGGUGAGGAAAAUCCUAAAUAUGAGGAAGUAUUGGUUCAAUGGGAAUAUGAGCAAUCAGGUGAUCCAACAAGACAAAUUUCAUAUCUCUACAGCUUACAAGAAUCUAGUAGGAGAUGUUCCUAAUGUUGUCUGGACGAACUUAGUUUGUAACAAUUUAGCUGAACAAAAACAAGUUUUUAUACUUUGGUUGGCUCUCCACGAGAAAUUGCGCACUAAGAAUAGACUUAUCAAAUGGGGAAUGAAAGUGGAUGAAAAUAAAUUUUGGGUGAAAAUUUUGAGCUGGUUAAAAUGGAAACGGGAUGCAAAGCCAUGGAAGGAAGAGUGCAACUGGAUUAUUCAGCAGACUAGAGGCAGAGGAGCUAAAGGAAUGAUUCUGAAGGCUGGUUUAGCUGCUGUAAUUCAUACUUUGUGGAUUCAAAGGAACUCAAGGGUGUUCCAAAACAAGGCUUGA